AUGAUUUUCAUAAGUUUCAAACAAAAGCCGUAUUCCGCUGUUCCUUGGUUUUAAAUUAGAUCCAUUCUAAUACCUCGUAUUUCGUAAUAGCUGAAAAGAUGCAUACACUCGUUAUUCUAAGCACCUGUAUGUUUGCAGCGGUUGUCGUUAUCCUUGGACAAGAUGCAGGGACCGCGGUCGAGACUGGCCAUAGCAGCAGUGAAAAGAACUCCACUGCCACCACAGAAGUUAAAUUUAUCAGCAAUAUGCCGGCCUGGCAAUAUGGUUGGCUCGAUAUGCCCUGGUCUAUGCAUGUACAAACGGACAUCUGGGUCACUUACUACUGCAACAAGAACGACCCUCGCUUCCCGGCACAAAUCGCUGGUCCAAUCAAUGAAAAACUAUUGGCAUAUUACCCUGAUUACAAGUGGAAUGUGGCCGUCUUUAACCUUUCUCAUGCAUCCGUCGCGGCUUCAUACAGUAGUGGAACUCGGUAUAUGGCCAACUGCAACGGUAUGAGAUACCAGAUCUGGGGAACCUCCAAGUUGAUUCAAGAAUAAUCACUGCUGCCGUUGCUGGUGAAGAAGGGACGGUGUGUUGAAAACGGUCUCCGGAUGACGAAAUUAACCAAAACUGCUUAAGCCUUAUGGUAGUUUGUUUUCAAAAACUAAAGUAUCUUUCAAAGUGCAUAAGCAUCGCGGCCUGUGCAAGCGUAGAUAAAGCAUAGAUUUUCUACUGUAAUUCCGCUUAGCUGCUUAAACUUCGAAUAGCUUUCAGUUGGUUUACAAAUGAAGGAAAUAAACAGUUGCACUGCAAAA